AUGGAUCUUGCCAGCGAGAAGGGAGCUUCCUCAUGGCUGACAGCACUCCCACUGUCAGAACAUGGCUUUACCCUACACAAGGGAGCUUUCCAAGAUGCCCUAGCAUUGAGAUAUGGCUGGAAUCCAACAAACACUCCAACAAAUUGUGACUGCGGCAAAGCCUUUUCUACUGAACACGCUCUCUCGUGUGCCAAAGGAGGUUUUCCGACUAUUAGGCACAACGAGAUAAGAGACUUAACCGCGGACCUGCUCACUGAAGUAUGUAACGACGUUCGCAUAGAACCGGACCUGCAGCCAAUUACUGAAGAAACACUCCAGUGUGCUACAGCCAACACUCAAGAGGGAGCUCGUCUAGACAUCUCAGCAAACGGGGUAUGGGGAGGCAGACUGGAAAAGACCUACUUCGAUGUAAGAGUGUUCAAUCCCCAUGCCCCAUCAAACGAAGGCCCACUAACAGCUUGCUGUAAGAAACAUGAAAGAGAGAAGAAAAGAUCCUAUGAACAGAGAGUACGAGAAAUAGAACAUGCAUCAUUCACACCCUUGGUAAUGUCUACUACUGGAGGGAUGGGCAGAGAGGCCACAACCUUCUAUAAACGAUUGGCUUGCCUGCUCUCGCACAAAUGGGACAAUCGGUACUGCAAAACCCUCAACUGGCUAAGAUGCCGCCUCUCCUUUUCACUACUUAGAUCCUCGAUCCAGGCAAUAAGAGGAGCCAGAUCUUCUCGCGGCAAGGCAAUUAUCGCUGCGGAGCUGGCUACAGUGGAAUCAAUGCUGCAACAAUGAACACCUUACUUGUUAUAAUUCUCUUUUAUUUUUUUUAUUUUUUGUCUUUUGUGUUUGCUUUAGUUUUUGUUUCUGUUUACUGUUUU